AUGAAGAGAAACAAGAACACGAAAAGUCAGAGUAGAAAGCGUGGUAGAGUAGUAAGCUGGUCAGAUCUUCCCACCGAAGUAGUUCAACUGAUUCUCGAACUCCUCAGUUCUAAAGUCGACGAUGUCCGAAAUUUCCGAGCAGUUUGCAAGAAUUGGCAUCGCUCAACCCAGAUUUCCGCCUUUUUACCCCACCAUAUCAAAUCUUCUGUACCCACAAAACUUAUCUCCUCCUCCAUAUUUAUCCUUCGCCAUCCCAAAACUCCUCAAUUCCUCCAAUGGAUGGUCCUCGCAGUAGAACCCAUCAAAGGCACCAUUCAAUUAUUUAACCCCUUCUCUCGAACCCAGCUCUCAACAAAUCUUCCCGACUUAACCCAACUUCGGUCUACCCUUUUAGCGACCGAAUACCAUGUGGUCGCUGACGAGCAACACGACGAUCUAUUUUCUUCUAACUCGUGCAUAUAUGGCAAAGUAGUGUUGUUCAUGAAUAGUUAUGUUCCUUCUAUCCGCAAUUGCGAUCUUUUGGCGUUAUCCGAUGGAGGUCAAGUUUUCAAAUCAUUGCCAUUUAAUAAGUAUCAAUCAUUCAGACCGGCACAUAAAGGAGAGAUUGAAGUAGAUGAUAUUAUAAGGUAUAGGGGAAAAAACUAUGCCUUAGAUAAGCAAGGGGAACUUUAUUCAUAUAGUAAUCAAGAUCAAAUUAUUUUGGUUUGUCCUUUUUCCGUCAAUUCAGGACGAAGGAAGCGUCUGGUUGUAAUGGUAUCAACUUCAGGUGAGAAACUCUAUCUGGUUGUGCCGGUAAAUGGGGAUGUUAAAGGGCCAAUUGGGGUAAUAAAUCUGUAUUUUAGAUUUUACAAGCUGAAGACUGGGUGUGGGAGAUAUUCAUGGGUUUGGGAAGAGGUGAUGAGCUUCGGAGAUGAUGAUCAGGUGAUGUUUGUCACUAGAGAUUACUGUUUUUUCGUUGCGGCGGCUGAAUUUUCAGGAUGUCAGCUUAGGAAUUGCAUUGUGUUCUCAGAGGACGCGUUCCCUGAGUAUAAUGUAGGUAAAACUGGUUGGGAUUCUGGAAAUCAAAGUGGAAAUAAGGUUGCAGUUUUUUCAUUGGAUGGAAGAGUUCAUUACAGUUUGCCUAUGGAAUGUUAUCCUUGUUUUCCUAUGAUGUUGUGUUGUCCCUUGCCUUGGUUUUUGCAGUAUGCAUCAUCUACAUUGCAAUCUGAACCUCUAAGUGAGCCUGAGGAGAAUGGAAUGAUACAAUCUGAUUCAGAUGGCGAAGGUAGUGUGUCUUUGCAAGAGGAGGUAUCUCCUGCCUCACGCGGAACUGAACUUGAGGAACAGACCACUGAGAUUCCUUCUAUCAAUACAGCUCUAGCAGUAACUACACAAUCUCCUCCUGUCAUGAAUGACAUGGAGCAUGUUGCAGAAGAAGUAUCGGAGACAGAGAGCUUAAGGAAUGUCAUUCAGAUAGAUUCCAUGGCGCAUUUGGCUCAGCCAUCUGUGAAGAAAGUUGUAACCUUCAAGUUUCGAGGAAUAGAUGUCGAGUCUGAACACCUCCCUGUUCUACAAAAAAUUUGGAUGGAGCAUGGAGAUGUUGUCGAAGGAAGUGCAAUACGUAGUUGUGACACUAUAGCCAUGGCAUUGUCUUCUUUGGCAAAGAUGGUACUUGUACUCAAAACCAACUCUGGAGAUACCUUAACAGAUGAGCAAGCUCAUUAUCUUGGUUCGACUUUAUCUGAUCUUCAAUAUAUGCGCCUAAAAGUGGACUGGUUGACUCCUUUUGUUGAGAAAGUUCUGAUGAUGCACAAAAGCAAGCAAUUGCAAGCUUCAUUGGUGGAGCUUAAAGCUAAGGCAGAAGAGAUGGAACAGAAGUUUCUUUCAGAUAUGGCUGAAAUGAAGCAACGACUGGAUAAGAAUAUAAGGCUUGUUUCUGAGAGUAUAAAAGUUGAUCAUAGUAAAUGCCUUGGUGAGGGGCUGUUCUGA